AUGCGUGGUGUGUUCUUGAUGAAGUCCGUCUGGCACGUCGUGAACCGCGAGGUGACGCCAAUUCCUACCGACCCGCGAGCGUCCGACGAUUACGUCGAGACGAGCAACAUCGCGUUCGGGCUGAUGUUGCUCCACUUGGGUGCGGACUACACCACGCUCUACAGUGGAUCACAGAAGGAGGGGCGCAUCUACCUCAAGCGUCAACUGUUCAGCAUAAAGAUGGCUAAAGGCGCGAACGUCAAGCAGUACUGCAAUGAAGUCUUGAACAUCGCCACCAAGCUAAGCCGCAUCGGCGCGAAGAUGGAGGACGAGGACGUCGCAAUUUGCCUGCUGCUCAGUCCCCCUAAGAGUUUUGAGAACGUUGUUCUAAACUUGGAGAUGAGCAGCGCAGAGCUUCAUACCCAAGAUGUGGUGAAGGUGCUCACGAAUGAGCGCACCAAGCGCCAAGGGGAGAAGGUGACAACAACAGCGACGAUGGUCAAGACUGAAAAUGCAUCCAACGCCUUCAACACUGAAUGCGAGCCACAUAAGUGCACCUACUGUGAAAAGGUGGGACACAUCGUCGAUCGCUGUUGGUCCAAGCAGAAGAAUGAAAGUCGAGGGGCCCGACGCGGCGGCAUUGGUCGUGGACGCGGGGCAAACAAUGUCCAGUGGGGACAAUAUCGUGAUGAAGACAGCGACUACGAUCAAGCAGUCGACAGUGGUGCAACACACCACAUAUGCCACGACAAGACCAAGUUUGCAAGACUGAACAAGCGCAACGACGGUGAAAUCUUGGUGGCGGAUGGCAACACAGUGGCCAUCAAGGGUGUUGGAACCAUCUUUGAAAAGGUGGUUCUGCCCGACGGUGAAGAGCGUGAGAUCGAGAUCAAGAACGUACUUUACGUACCAAGCAUGAGCAAGAAUCUACUAUCGGUACCGCAGAUCAACAAGCACGGCAAGUUUUAA